GCCGACGACGCCGCGGCCUGGCGCGCCGCCAUGUAUCCGCAGGACCCGGCGUUCCAGUACAUCCCGGAGUCGACGGGCGACGGCGAGGGCGGCCACGAGAGCGACCCCAACUUCUUCGAGUUCGAGCUGCCGCUGAGGAUCUUCGUGGGGCCGCGCCUGCUGUCGCAGCGGGCGAGCGGCAACGGCGACGUGCUGGACCGCUUCCUAGACGGGCUUAACAGGGUGCCGCGGCGCGUUUGGGACGGUGGCCUGAAGAGGGAAAACUUCCUCCCCCAGCACGAGCCGGUGCCGCCAGAAAAGGAGGCCGAGUUCUUGGGGUGCUAUCACAAGGUCCAGGGGCACAUGAUGAGCCGCACGGUUUUUACCAGGGACAGCUGUGAGGCCGGGGAGGGCAUGUUGGGCAUAGGUCCGGAUUUCACGCGACCCGGGGACCUGGUUUGCAUUCUGCUGGGGUGUGACGCCCCGGUGCUGCUGAGGGAGAAGGAAGACCGGGCGGGGAAGUACAUGUUUGUGGGUGAUGCCCAUGUGCAGGGGUUCAUGGAGGGCGAGGGCGUCCAUGGGCUGGACGAGGGCAAGUACGAGCUGGUGGACUUUGACCUUGUGUGAGAGGGCUGCACGGUGCAUCUGGGGAAGCUCCAAUUCUUCUAGACCAGGUACUUGGCGCCGCGUCCCAGCUGAGACAUUUCCGAUCAUGACCAUUUAUAGUUAAGUCUGCUUGAAUGAUUUCGAAUUAGUAUACAAGGAGGAUUUUGUUUCCAUCUUGCUAUAUAAUUCCCUCAGACUACAGGUCACAAACAACGUUGCCUCGUCUCAAGCAGCUAGAACCCAAAGUGUCCCCCGGC